AUCUUUCCUUUUUUUAAAAGUUUUAAUUAAUUAGAAUGGGUCAAUUCAAGAAAGAAAAGCAAAGAGUUAGUCGUGAUAAGGCUGGUGGUGAUGAUCGUGCCAAGAAUCUUCGAGUCAAGGGUGAGAACUUCUACAGAGAUGCAAAGAAGAUCAAGUACAUCAACAUGUUGAAGGGUGGUAAAGCUACUCGUAAUUCUCAGGGUAGAGUUAUCCAAGCAGCUGAAUUCCAAAGUACCGAAGUUAAGACUGCUCGUGUUGCUCCCAAUCGUAAAUGGUUUGGUAAUACCAGAGUUAUUGGACAAAAGGCACUUGAGGAUUUCCGUGAGUCUCUCGGAGCUAAAGUCGAUGAUCCUUAUCAAGUUUUGUUGAAGCAAAAUAAGUUACCCAUGUCUCUUUUGCAAGACGCAGAAAAGCAUAGUCGUAUGCAUAUUCUUGAAACCGAUACUUUUGAAAAUACCUUUGGUGGUAAGGCUCAAAGAAAGAAGCCCAAGUUGGCUAUUGGAUCCAUGGAAGAGUUAAUGACCAAGAUUGAUGAUACUCAUGAAACCUAUAAAUCCGAAAAGGAUUCCAGUCUUUUAGCCAACAAGGAGCACGAUUAUACCGAUGCUGCCCGUGCUUGGUAUCUUCAAGCCGGUCAAUCCAAGCGUAUUUGGAACGAAUUAUAUAAGGUUAUCGAUUCAUCCGAUGUUAUUAUCCAUGUUCUCGAUGCUCGUGAUCCCAUCGGUACUCGUUGUGUGAACAUUGAGAACUUUAUCAGAAAAGAAAAGCCUCACAAGCAAUUAUUGUUUGUUCUUAACAAGUGUGAUCUUGUCCCUACUUGGUCCACUGCUCGUUGGGUUUCUCAUCUUUCAAAGACUGCACCUACUCUUGCUUUCCAUGCUUCCAUCAACAACUCUUUCGGUAAGGGUUCUCUUAUUCAGCUUUUGCGUCAAUUCUCUUCUCUUCACAGUGAUAAGAAGCAAAUUUCCGUUGGUUUUAUUGGUUAUCCCAACACUGGUAAAUCUUCCAUCAUUAAUACUCUUAAGGCCAAGAAGGUUUGUACCGUUGCUCCUGUUCCUGGAGAGACCAAGGUCUGGCAAUAUAUUACCUUGAUGAAGCGUAUUUAUCUUAUUGAUUGUCCUGGUGUUGUUCCUCCUAACGUUGACGAUGGUGAGGUUGAUAUUAUUUUGAAGGGUUCUGUCCGUGUCGAAAAGAUGUCUGCUCCCGAAGAUACUAUCCCUACCAUUUUAUCCCGUGUUAGACAUGAAUACAUCAAGAGAACUUACGGUCUUCAAGGCUGGACCGAUUCUACCGAUUUCCUUGAACAAAUUGCCAGAAAGACCGGUAAGUUGCUCAAGAAGGGUGAACCCGAUGUACACAACGUCUCUAUCAUGGUCCUCAAUGAUUGGCUCCGUGGUCGUAUUCCUUAUUACGUUCCUCCCCCAGAGGCUGUUGAGCCUUUGACCGAAGCACAAUUAGAGGAAAAGAAGAAGAAGAUUGGUGUUGAACAAAUGUUUGCCAAGAUUCAAGUUUCUGCUGAUUUCUUGGAAGAUGAUUUAGCAAACAAUGCUCAAUUGGUUGCUGAAGAACGUGCCAGAGCCAAGGCAAGAAAGGCCGAAGAAGCCGCUGCCAAGCUUUAUGCUACUGGUGCCAACAAGAUUAUUAAGAAGAAGGUUGCUCCUAAGCCUGUUGUCGCUCAACCCGAAGUCACUGAUUGGGAUGAAGUCUUCGAAAGUGUUGUCGGUGAAGAUGGUCCUAUCGUCAAGGCUCCUGUUAUUGAGGGUGAAGAAGAAGAGGAAGUCGAGGAGGAAGUUGAGGAAGUCGAUAGUGAACUCGAAAUGAGUGGUGACGAAGAUGAUGUCGAAGAGGAGGCAACUGAAGUUAAAGAAGAGGUCACAGAGGAACAACCUGCUAAGAAGGUCAGAGUUAACAACAACGAGACUGAAGCUGAUAAGAAGGGUAAAAAGGCUGGUGUUCAUUAUUAUGAAACUGCCAACGUCAAGAACAAGAAUCGUAAUAAGGUCAAGCCUGAUGAAUUAACAAAGAAGGUUCUUCACUCUCGCUUAAAGGGUUCAGUUAUCACUGGUUCCAAGCGUAAGAGAAACUAAAUCAACUGUAUUAAUUAAACACCCACCCACACAUAGAUUCAUUUUUUCCCCUCCACCCUCUACCCUCUCCUUUAUGUAUUUUCAUUUUUCUUUAUAUUAUAUAUCUCAACUUUUUUUUCCCUAUUUUUUUGCAUAUAAAAACGGUCUUUGAAUAGCACACAUUUUUACUUUU